ACAUCCUUUGUAUGGUGCUGGCUGAUCACCGGAGCCCUUUCAGCUGUAUAAGUGGUGAAAGGCGACAUAAUCUGCCCCAGAACAAGAUCUGGACUGAGAUUGAGAGAGAGAGAGACACACAGACAGGGAAAGGACCACAAAAAGCCUUUGGGGAGCAGCAUGUUAAAUCCACAGCAGCACGCUGAGCUUCUCCUGAGUGACACGCUGCCGGUGUUUGGGAAGCCGUGGUUCUGGCAGCGCAGCAGCAGCACCAUGGAGAGCACCCGCAGCCUGGCGCAGGUCAUCAUGGAGAUGCGCGAUGAUAUCAAGAAGCUGGAGGCGGAGAACCAAGAGCUGAGGGGGGACUACGGUCCGAGGACGUUUGGGGCCAAGUCAGGGGAGGACAGCCGGGGGUCUUCGGCACUUGAGAACCCCUAUAUGAACCUGAGACGAAAUGUGUCUGCACCGGUCCUGGAGGGACAAUACAAGGAGAACACUGUCAUGACCGUCCGGCGGUACUCCAUAAGCUCCAACCUGUCUGGGGUGACACUGAGAGAGGGGAGGACUGACAGGGUGCGGCGGGGGGAGAAUGGAUGGAGAAGGCUACAAGAAGAAAUCCAGCACGGGAACGGCGUCUUUGGGAACCCAGUGAGAGAAGUGGGAAAAGUUACCAACCGACACUCCCUGCAGGAAUAUGUCCACAAAAACAGGGCCAAGGUAAAAACUGUCACCUUCCUUCUACCCGUGGACGACAUCUACACCAACCGUCCGGUUCUGACCAAACACCAGGAGGAGCCUAAAAUCUCUGAGCUGGCCUCCAUAAUGGAGACCGAUUCUUGAAUGUCCACCCAAGUACUUUGUGGCCCAUGGGACAAAGUGCAGACAUGAACUAACCCUCUCCAUCUAGGUCAGUGUAGAUUGGGCUCUUAAUGAGCGAGCCGGCCGACCGAUUUUAUCACACCUGGCCACACAAACAGAAGACUCUGGUUACAGGGGUUGUUUUCAUCAGGCCAUGGCGAUGGACGCUGGGCCAACGAUGAUGAGACAUGGGGCCCUCUGCAGCGAGGAUCGGGUGUCCCCCCCCCUCCUCUUCCCAACGCGGGGGUGUCGUUUUGGAGUGAGACACACACCUGCAGGUGACAGCCCUUUUACAGACCAUUGUGGUGACUCAGGCCUCGUGAGCAACAUCAGACUCAUGGUUUAUUCAUCCUUGUUUCUUUUCGUGUUGAAAACUGAAAUGGGUUGUCAAGGGGCCACGUGCGCGUUUUCACACGUGAGCUGUUUCUUGUCAGUGUUCAUAAAGAGUGUAUUUAAUUAUUUUUUUUGUCCAAAUAGUAUUUGCUUUCCCAAACAGAAGGCUCCCUGUAAAUAAACCAAUGUUUGGCCUAUAUUAAAAGUAGUCAUUGUAAACUAUUACCUGCAACAUAAAUAUUGUUUUCUCUGCUAGGGAGGGUUUGUUUAUUGGUUUGUUUGUUUGCUAAAUACUUUUUACAAGUUAUUGGGAGUCAGUAACUUACAGAAUAAAUGAAUUUGAUAGAAAAUACAAACAUGUAUAAUCAAAAUACAGAUACUGUUCUUCCAAUGUGAUCCAAAGUGUCACAUGUACACUGAAGGGAAACUUUGACAAUGCAGAGAAUCCAUGUUAUCUUCUCAUAAAGGGGCUAAGGACACAUAGUGGGAGGAGUUUUACAAUGAUCAGUAUUAAAGCCUCUUUUCAAUGUUUAGAAAAUGACGUGUUCUUCUUUUUGACAUGCAGAGCUUGAAAUACAGAACGUUAUUUUAACUCAUUUAAUCCAGAUGAUAGCGUUUCGUCUCUGAGUGAAAGCGAUUCCCUGUAACAGGCUCAGUUUUCCUGCCGGCCACAUUGGACUGAACAGCUACAGCUGCUGGCCGCUGAGUAACCAGGAAAACUUCGUGCUUCUUCUUCCAAGUUCUUUCCAGCUCCUCCAGCUGGUUGACAACUUCCAUUGUUAUCUCACAGUUGAAGAAAUCUUCAGCAACAGUUCCAAUGAUCCCUGUAGCAUAGAGUGUUUUCACUUGGCGGCAAAAGGACAAGAUUAAAAUGGUGUUUUUGUUUACCAGGAACAAUGCGGCAUAGUCCUCUGCAGUGUUAAUAAUAGUGGAGGAGCAUGGUGCCGUCAGGGUUCCUCUCCACCCAAAACGAUGCUGCAUUCAUCUCCUGCAUGAAUCAAACAGUGAAUCAAUAUUUUCUCUUCGUGGCACAGCAGACAUCAAACCAGAAGAAAAGGAUGUAGGCCUACAGAAGACAGGAUGAGUAGGGGGCAGGCACCUUUUAGGAGAAGGCGAUGUAGCUAUGAAGUGAAUCCAAAGUCUCAGUGAAUUCAAACAAAUUUCCUCCCAAAGUCUGCAGCAUGUGAUCAGAGCCUGAGCGUUUGCAAAACUCAAAGAAAUAUUCUCCAAACUGCCUCAGGACUUCGUCUGGCUUUGCUGCUGAGAAGGAACAAGAGAACAAAGCAGAACUGUAUGUUCAAGCAGAAGUAUUCAUUGAUUUAUUUUUCACUUAAAACUGAUUUCAAAUGCUUCUAAUUUUAGACUGCAUAUUGAAAUGACACACGAGCAGUUUGCCUGAAAGCUUGCAGGCUUCUGCUCCUGACCGCAUGUUGAUUUCAUCUUCAUGGAUAUGUUCAAUAGGUUACCUGGACU